CCGUCUCCAGGACAAGCACCUCCGCCCCCUCCUUCUACCAUGGCUGACUACAACCUCAUCAUCUCGGGCGACUGCGGCGGCACCAACACGCGUCUGUCGCUGUGGAAGAUCCCGGCCGGCGCCACCCAGCUCAAGGGCAACAUCGCCCCUGGCGACGCCCUCUUCGCCAAGAAGUACCUGAACGAGGAGCACGCGAGCUUCAACGAGGUGUGCCACCUCUUCAUGAACGAGGCCAAGCUCACGGACCACGUGCCCGAGGCCUGCGUGCUAGCCUGCGCCGGCCCCAUCAUGAACAACACCGUUGACUUCACCAACGUCGAGUUCGGCUGGAAGAUCGACGGCGCCAGCCUCGAGAAGGAGCUGGGCAUCAAGAAGGUCAAGCUCAUUAACGACUUCGCCGCUAUGGGCUACGGCCUGCUCACCCUCCGCCCGCACGAGUACAUUGUGCUCAACGACGCCCCCAAGGACGAGACCGCCCCCAUGGCCACCAUCGGCGCUGGCACCGGUCUGGGUGAGUGCUUCCUGACCCCCGGCAACGACGGCCAGUAUUCGUGCUUUGCCUGUGAGGGUGGCCACACCGACUUUGCCCCCGCCGACGAGAUCGAGAUUGAGCUGUACAACGACAUCAAGGCCAAGCUUGGCUGCAGCAAGCGUUUCUCGGUUGAGCGCAUCAUUUCGGGCCCCGGCCUGGCCACCAUCUACGAGUUCCUGGCCAAGAAGUUCCCCGAGAAAGUGGACCCCAAGGUGCACGAGGAGUUCCUCAAGGCCAACACGCAGCAGGGCAAGGUGAUCGGCGAGAACGCCAAGACGAACGAGCUGUGCAACCAGACGCUGGAGAUCUUCGUGGGCGCGUACGGCCGCGAGGCUGGCAACGCGAUGCUGAAGUACCUGCCGCGCGGUGGUUUCUACAUCACGGGCGGCCUGGCGCCGAAGAACCUGGACUACUUCACGAAGAAGGACAUUUUCCUGAACUCGAUGUUCGACAAGGGCCGUGUGAGUCCCGCCAUCCGUGCUUGCCCCGUGUACCUCGUCCUCACGGAGGAGCUCGGCGAGCGUGGUGCCCACUACUACGCCUACCAGCUGCUGCACACGGGUGCUUAAGCUCUUGUCGCAUCGCGAGCAAGUGCUGCUGAGGUGUAGACGUGGCUGAGGUCGUGGACAGGAAGAGAACUCUUCCUGCUUCCACGUGUGGUAGCGAGUAGCGUUCAGUUGUGCCAUCGAGCAACUUCAUUUGUAAGAAACCAUUCUUUCGUAUUAUCCCGCUGUGUCGCUUGCAUUUAUUUGCUGGGGGAUGAAGGUAUUGGUGGUGACUCGAAGGUUUGCUGUCGUUCGAUCCACGACGACGAUCAGCGCGGUGGCGACGAGCGAAGAGAUGAUUGCUGGCGAGUGCUUGGAGAUACAGAACAGUACACAAGCGAUGGUCGAGCUUCAGCCUCCAAGAUCGCUCACAUGCUUAUGCACGGAGUGGCGAUCCACAGCGUUGGGCGAUCGCCCCUGUUUGAUACAUACUGUCUCCGCCAUGGAUAUCACUACAGUGCACACACUUCAUGAACCAGAAGUCCUAAUGCAACAACUGCGAACUGGUUUCCCAAAUCAAGUUGUCAAGCAGCCAAAGCAGCCCAAAGUGGUGUCUGAUAAUGGAAGCCAUUCCUGCGACGUGUACCAGCACCGUAACACUGUUAUGUUGCGCGACAGUUGCUGCAAGCGCGACUUGGCAUCCAUCACUUCAAGACGCGCCUUUCAUUCCCGAAUCUCCCCUCUCGGUCCCAAGUAUCUAAACGCUCAACACUCCAAGCAACUCCAUCAUGUCGUACGUGGCCACCCCUCUCUAACCCUCUCUAACCGUCUCUAACCGGCAAAUUCUUUCACUUAACCUAGAGGCGACCUCAUCAUCUCCGGAGACUGCGGCGGCACCAACACGCGCUUGUCGCUGUGGCUCAUCCCCAAGGGCUCCGUGGCCUUCAAAGGCUCCGUGGCCCCCGGUGAGAUCACGUUCGCGAAGAAGUACCACAACGAGAAGUACGGUAGCUUCUCGGAGGUCUGCCACCUCUUCAUGAAGGAGGCCAAGCUCGUGGACAGACUGCCCGUGGCCUGCGUGCUGGCGUGCGCCGGGCCCAUCCUGAACAACACAGUCGAGUACGGCCCGGUUAACACUAGCCUAAACUUUAGCACUAGCCUAACCUUUGUGUCUCUCUAACUGUUUCUAAAUUAGGUUCACCAAUAUCAAGCAAGGCUGGAAGAUCGACGGCCCGGGACUGGAGAAGGAGUUGGGCAUCACCACUGUGAAGCUCAUCAAUGACUUUGCCGCCAUGGGCUAUGGCCUCCUCACUCUGAAGCCCCAUGAGUACAUUGUACUCAAUGAGGCGGAAAAGGAGGAAGGCGCCCCCAUCGCCACUAUCGGCGCUGGAACGGGCCUGGGCGAGUGCUACCUCACGGCCGACAAGGACGGCCAGUAUUCGUGCUUCGCCUGUGAAGGUGGCCACACGGACUUCGCUCCGGCCGACGAGAUCGAGAUCGAGCUGUACAACUCCAUCAAGGAGGAGCUGGGCUGCCACCGCCGCUUCUCGGUGGAACGUAUUGUGAGCGGGCCGGGGCUGGCCACGAUCUACCGGUUCCUGGCCAAGAAGUUCCCCGACAAAGUGAACAAGAAGGUGCACGACGCCUUCCUGGGCGCCAAGUCCUUGCAGGGAAAGAUCGUCGGCGAUAAUGCCAAGACGGACGAGCUUUGCAACCAGGCCAUGGAGAUCUUCAUCGAGUACGUCAUGGCCCAACUGGCCAGCGCGUUUUUAGUGCAUUGUACUAACUUUUUGUUUUACUAUCUUUCUUUUUGUUGAUAGUGCUUACGGACGUGAGGCUGGAUG